AUGUUGGGCUGGGUCCAGAGGGUGCUGCCUCAGCCCCCAGGGACCCCUCAGAAGACCAGGAUGGAGGAGGAGGAGGGGGCAGAACCAGAGCCAGAGCCUGACCUGGAGGCAGAGCUGGAACCAGUGCCAGAGCCUGAAAGAGCCCCCCAGGAGGCCAAGCUAGAAGAUGAGUCCCUGCCACCCGAGGAGCCAUCUGAAGGGGAAGAAGAAGCUGCGGCUGACCCAAACCCUCAGGAGACCCAGAAGGCUGCCUCUACUCCACGCACAUGUCUUCAGGCCCAGGUUGCUGUGAUUCCCACAGUGAACAGUCCCAGCACCUGGGUGCUGACCUGGCUCAGGAAGGGCGUGGAGAAGGUUGUCCCACAGCCUGUCCAUAGCCGUGGGCCCGCCCAGAGCACUGCGGCCAGCCUGGAGGGCCCAGAUCAGGCAGGAGCACAGAUCCUUGGGCACUGCAGCACUAGGGCCUCAGAUGGAUCCAGUGAGGCCUCCAGGGCAAAGGACACUGGGCCUGGGCCCUGGCUGCUCAGGUGGUUUGAGCAGAAUCUGGAGAAAGUGCUGCCUCAGCCUCCAAAAACCUCCGAGGGCUGCAGAGAAGAGCCUGCAGACAUUGCCAUGGGCCCAGAGCCCCCAGGAUGUGCCUUGGAAAUGGAGCCCAUGCUGCAGGCCCUGGAGACUCAUCCCCUGCCCACUCCUGGCCCCCCAGAGCCUGAGGAGGAGCUGACUCCAGAGCCCCAGCCCAGCUUCCAGGCUUCUUCCUUGCCACCCCCUGGGGACAUUGCCAGGUUGGUGGCGUGGCUCCUGCAUAGACUGGAGAUGGUCCUGCCACAGCCAGUGCUCCGUGAGGAGGCUGGGGCACAGGAGCCUGACUCCCCUGUGACAUGUGACGUGCAGUCCAUCAGCAUCCUCCCCGGAGGGCAAGAGGAGCCCAAUCUCGUCCUAGAAGGGGCUGACCCUCCCUGGGAGGAGGGCGAGCUUCCGGAUGGCUCAGAGGCGGUGGCUUCAGCUCACGAAGGAGAGAAGGAGGCCGUGGAAGGGAUGCACAGGGAGCUUCCCUGGAUUCAAGAGGAGAAAGAAGAUGAAGAGGAGGAAGAGCCUGACCAGGGAGAUGAGGAGGAGCCAGAAAGUGCUGAGAAAGAGGCUCAUGUCCUGCUGGAUAGCUGUCUGGUGGCAGAGGCCGGCCAGGACCCGAGUGGAGUAGACAGGACGGUCACCCGGAGGGCCUCAUGCCAGGAUUACAGCAAGGCUCCUGGGACCUGGCUUCUCUCUCUCUGACUGUCCCCUCCUUCCUCUCCCCAAGUGCCUGCCACUGAAGAGCACCCAGAAGUGCGGGUAGAAGAUACCAAUGCUGACAGCCACCCCCACACCGUGGAGGACAAGCCCCCCUCGCCUGAGCUGUUGCCGCCUUCUCCUGCCAAAUCCGACACCCUCACAGUCCCAGGAUCAGCUGCAGGGACCCACAGGAAGAGGCUGCCUUCCCAAGAUGACGAAGUCGAAGAGCUCAAGGUGCUGUCACCUGCUGAGACCCCCGUUGUUGCCUGGUCAGACACCCCCGUCCCACAGGGCACCGACAGCCAGGACCGCUCGUCCUCCACAGCCAGCCAGAACAGCGCCAUCAUCAACGAGCGGCUCCAGGAGCUGGUGAAGCUCUUCAAGGAGCGCACGGAGAAGGUGAAGGAGAAGCUCAUCGACCCAGACGUCACGUCCGAUGAGGAGAGCCCCAAGCCCUCUCCAGCCAACAAAGCCCCAGAGCCAGCCCCUGACACGAAGCCAGAUGAGGCGGUGCAGGUGGAGGAGGAGCACUACUGUGACAUGCUCUGCUGCAAGUUCAAACGCCGCCCCUGGAAGAAGUACGAGUUUCCCCAGAGCAUUGACCCACUGACCAACCUGAUGUACAUCCUGUGGCUGUUCUUCGUGGUGCUGGCCUGGAACUGGAACUGCUGGCUGAUCCCUGUGCGCUGGGCCUUCCCCUACCAGACGCCCGACAACAUCCACCUCUGGCUGCUGAUGGAUUACCUGUGCGACUUCAUCUAUGUCCUGGACAUCACCGUGUUCCAGAUGCGCCUGCAGUUUGUCAAGGGAGGAGACAUCAUUACGGACAAAAAAGAGAUGCGCAAUAACUACCUGAAGUCUCCUCGCUUUAAGAUGGACGUGCUCUGCCUACUGCCCUUGGACUUUCUCUACUUGAAAUUCGGCGUGAAUCCCCUCCUGCGUUUGCCCCGCUGUCUGAAGUAUCUGGCCUUCUUUGAGUUUAACAGCCGCCUGGAAUCCAUCCUCAGCAAAGCCUAUGUUUACAGGGUUAUCAGGACCACCGCCUACUUGCUCUACAGUUUGCAUUUGAACUCGUGUCUGUAUUACUGGGCGUCGGCCUAUCAGGGCAUCGGCUCCACUCACUGGGUUUAUGAUGGCGUGGGAAACAGUUACAUUCGCUGUUACUACUGGGCUGUGAAGACCCUCAUCACCAUUGGUGGACUGCCCGACCCCAAGACGCUGUUCGAGAUUGUCUUCCAGCUGCUGAACUAUUUCACCGGUGUCUUUGCUUUCUCCGUGAUGAUCGGACAGAUGAGAGAUGUGGUGGGGGCCGCCACGGCGGGGCAGACCUACUAUCGCAGCUGCAUGGACAGUACUGUGAAGUACAUGAACUUCUACAAGAUCCCCAGGUCGGUGCAGAACCGCGUCAAGACCUGGUACGAGUACACCUGGCACUCCCAAGGCAUGCUGGACGAAUCGGAGCUGAUGGUGCAGCUUCCAGACAAGAUGCGGCUGGACUUGGCCAUCGACGUGAACUACGACAUUGUCAGCAAAGUGGCGCUCUUCCAGGGCUGUGACCGGCAGAUGAUCUUCGACAUGCUGAAGCGGCUGCGCUCUGUUGUCUACCUGCCCAAUGACUACGUGUGCAAGAAGGGAGAGAUAGGCCGGGAGAUGUACAUCAUCCAGGCGGGGCAGGUGCAGGUCUUGGGUGGCCCUGAUGGGAAGUCCGUGCUGGUGACACUGAAAGCUGGAUCUGUAUUUGGAGAAAUAAGCUUGCUGGCUGCUGGGGGCGGGAAUCGGCGCACGGCCAACGUGGCGGCCCACGGGUUCACCAACCUCUUCAUCCUGGACAAGAAGGACCUGAAUGAAAUUUUGGUGCAUUACCCCGAGUCUCAGAAGUUACUCCGGAAGAAGGCCAGGCGCAUGCUGAAAAAUAACAACAAGCCCAAGGAGAAGAGCGUGCUCAUCCUUCCUCCCCGGGCCGGCACCCCCAAGCUCUUCAACGCUGCCCUGGCUGCUGCAGGAAAGAUGGGUGUCCAGGGGGCAAAAGGCGGCAAGCUGGCCCACCUCAGGGCUCGGCUCAAAGAGCUGGCUGCGCUGGAGGCGGCUGCGAAACAGCAACAGUUGCUAGAACAGGCCAAGAGCUCGGAAGACGCCGUGGGAGAGGAGGGCUCUGCCGCCCCUGACCAGCCUGCACCCCCGGAACCCCCGGCCCCAGGCUCUCAGCCACCUGCCUCCCCAGGGCGCGCCGAGAAGGAGGCUGCUGGUCCAGAGGAGCACAUGGUGCGGAUCCACAUGAGCCCGGGUGUAGACCCUGGAGAACAGAUCCUGUCGGUGGAGAUCCCGGAGGAGAGGAAAGAGGCGGAGUGA